UGCCAAGCUCAUAGUAUGGAUUCAAGACAGCUUUUCAGAUACAGUCGCCUAUCAUACUCGACCUUUUAUUCAACUUUGCCUUCAAUACCUGACAAGCUGUUUAGUUCUUUGAAACCCGACAUAGGAAACUCACCCAACUCGCCCUUUUCGACUCCAUUUGAUUGUGAUACCAACACCACAUUGAGUGACAGCCAGGAGCAGCAUAGCUCUACAAAGAAUCUCUCAGGACUUGGCCCUUCUUGCAACUCUUCACUUGAAUCCAACUCUUAUUUCCAUCGUUUGAGUCCCUCUCUGGGCUGCAGGGGUGAAAGCUUACUAUUCAGCUCCGGUGGAACUUCUUAUGCACAAGAUGCAAAUUCUGGCCACAAAGUAAGAUACUCUUUGCAGGAAUUGGAGACGGUACUUAUGGCACCUGAUAAGGAUGAAGAGAUAACCGCCCCUAGUGUUUCCCUUGGAGAAAGUAGUAGACCACAGACGACUGGUAAGCGAUCUAGGGCAUGGAGUCAGGAAAGGCAAGGAUCUUUGGUGCUUCAGCCUCAGACAUCCUUUGUCUCUAACCAUAGGCAGUCAACUGAAGUCGCUCAUGUUGAGAAACGUCAGAAAUCAUUAGAGGGUUUGUUUCUUCAGGGUAUUCCAUCCGGCAAUCUGAAGCAGUUGCUGAUUGCUUGUGCUAAGGUCCUCUCUGAAAACAAUAUGGCCGAAUUUGAUAAGUUGAUUGCGAAGGCUAGGGAUGCUGUGUCUAUCAGUGGGGAACCGAUCCAGCGUCUUGGUGCUUAUAUGGUGGAAGGUUUGGUGGCAAGGAAGGAAGCAUCAGGGUCUAGCAUAUUUCGUGGCCAUCGUUGCAGAGAGCCUGAAGGCAAGGACUUGCUCUCCUACAUGCAAAUCCUGUAUGAAAUCUGCCCGUACUUAAAGUAUGGUUACAUGGCAGCCAAUGGUGCCAUUGCUGAAGCAUGCCGAACCGAAGAUCGCAUUCACAUUAUUGAUUUCCAGAUUGCUCAGGGAACACAAUGGGCGACUCUCUUGCAGGCACUUGCAGCUAGACCAGGUGGAGCUCCUCAUGUUCGGAUUAACGGAAUUGAUGAUCCUCUUUCUAAAUAUGCUCGUGGUGGUGGAUUGGAAGCUGUUGAAAGACGUUUGGCUGCACUAUCUGAGAAGUUCAAUAUUCCGGUUGAGUUUCAAGGAAUGCCAGUUUUUGCAGAAGAUAUCACAAGGGACAUGCUUGAUGUCAGGCCUGGAGAGGCUCUGGCGGUCAACUUCCCUCUGCAGCUCCAUCACACCCCUGAUGAGAGCGUUGAUGUGAACAAUCCUAGGGACGGCCUUCUACGAAUGGUGAAGUCACUUUCUCCCAAGGUCACCACAUUGGUAGAGCAAGAAUCAAACACAAACACAGCCCCUUUCCUCCCCAGAUUCAUCGAGACCCUGGAGUACUACUUGGCAAUAUUCGAGUCCAUAGACGAGACACUACCAAGGGACAGAAAGGAGCGAGUCAACGUGGAGCAACAUUGCCUAGCCGGUGAUAUCGUUAAUGUCAUUGCCUGCGAGGGAAGAGAGAGGAUUGAACGCCACGAGCUCUUCGGUAAGUGGAAGUCCAGGCUAACAAUGGCCGGAUUUCGGCAAUACCCUUUAAGCUCAUACGUCAAUUCGGUGAUACGAAGCCUGAUGAAGUGUUACUCUAAGCAUUAUACACUUGCCGAGAAGGAUGGUGCUAUGUUGUUGGGGUGGAAAGAUAGAAACCUUAUAUCAGCUUCUGCUUGGCACUGUGAAAGCAGCUGAGAUUCAUACAAAGGUAGAAAAACGAAAUAAUCAGUUCAUUUUUUUUAUAGGUUAUUGUUGUUGAGAUAUGUUGAAUAACAUCCUUAUAAAUCCAAGACGGUGACAUUUUCGCAUACAUCAUUAGGCAAAUCACCACCGUUUCCUUUUGUUCAUUUUUUUUUGUCUUUAAUGGGAUUCGAUGUAUGUGUAACAAGUAACAACAAUGAGGGAUGUGUUUUUCUCUGGUUAAUGAUUCUAUGUAUGUGACACAAAUGACAUGUAUCCCCUGUAUUAUACAGUGUAUAAAUACGGAGAAAGAAGAAAGAAAAUGUUCUUAUUCAUU